AUGGUUGCAAAUCUCUUGCGAAUGAUCUACACAACUGAUUGUAACCUUUGUACCUCUGCGACGAGGCAUCCUGUUAACCUGGAAGGUGCUGGAUUGCAGGGCUGUAGUUUUCCUCUUUCUCAGAAUGAGCAAUGGGGAAAUUUUCUUGCACAGAUGGUGGUGAGAAGAGGACAAACUGUACCUGACACUGAAAUGGUCUUCCCAACCCUCACUUGCAUCUUUUGUAAUAUGGAGGACAUUGUGGGUCAGGGAAGGUUGUUGAUGGUGGGAUAUAGAAUUGUUAACCGAUUCCAAAAUGUAUCGAACCCUCUGUUGUGA